UAUAUUAAUUGUGUGUCUGUGUGUGUGUGAGAGAGAGAGAGAGAGAGUCAUCUUCCUCAUAUCUUCAUGGCAAAGCUUCCCCCUUCAGCUUAUGGAAAGGUCGUUACUAUUCUCAGUAUCGAUGGAGGUGGUGUUAGGGGCAUCAUCCCUGCAAUUAUUCUACGAUACCUUGAGGAACAGCUUCAGAUAUAUGAUGAAAAUGCAAGAAUCGCAGACUAUUUUGAUGUAAUUGCUGGAACCAGCACUGGUGGACUUGUCACUGCCCUACUUACAACACCAGACAAAAGUCAACGUCCUAAAUACACUGCUCAAGAUAUUGUGGAUCUCUACAAAAACGAAGCAAAGCGUAUUUUUCCAGAACCAAGCUUGAUAAGAAAAAUCGAAGUUUUUUUAAACAAACCCAAGUACGAUGGGAAGUAUUUACAUGGGACCAUAGAAAACAAGUUGAAGGACACAAAAUUGCACGAGACAGUGACCAAUGUUGUUAUUCCAACCUUUGACAUGAAGCAAGUCCGACCAGUUAUUUUCUCAAGCUUUGAGCUGGAAACAAUUCCAUAUAUAGAUGCCAAGCUAUCAGAUAUAUGCAUUGGGACUUCAGCAGCGCCAACGUAUCUUCCACCAUAUUAUUUUUCCAACGAUGGUAAAGAAUUCAAUUUGAUUGAUGGUGGUGUCAUAGCAAAUAAUCCGGCUUUGGUAGCGAUAAGUGAGAUAAUAGAGCAAAAGAAGAAAGGGAACACAGAAUGCUUACAAGUGGAUCCAAAUGAUUAUUCAAAAAUAUAUUUGGUAUCAUUAGGAACUGGGAUUCAGAAGCCAACCACAGAUUAUGAUGCCAGAGCUGCUUCUAAUUGGGGAAUGCUUGCAUGGGCAAGUGGUCCUCUCACUGAACUCACACUUGAUGGAAGUCAGGACAUGGUUGAUUAUCACCUUGCCUCUGUUUUCCAAGCCCUUGGUUCGAAUAACUAUCUCAGAAUUCAGACUGAUCAGUUAAGUGGGGAUAUGGCAAGAAUGGAUAACUCGACUGAUAAAAACAUGAAGGAUCUUGAAAAGUUGGCAAAUCAAAUAUUAGAGCAGAGAGUUACGAGACUGGACUUGCCAACCUUCGAGUUCAAAGAAGUGCCUGAUGCUCCUACAAAUAAACAAGCCCUCCAGCAGGUGGCUGAGUUUCUCCACAAGGAGAAGCAAGAACGACAAAAACAAGUUGCAUUUUAGGAGUGAAUGGCUUUUAUCAAUCGUACCAUAAAGUAAUGAAUUGUCACUUGUGUAUUAUUCUUCUUGCUGAUCAUAUUUGAUUUCGUUAAUGUGUACUUUAAUACCAAUAUGUAAUUUAAUUGUUGGGUCGGAAUUGCAUGAUAGAAGCUAAACAUGUCGAAUGUAUUUUAUGGAAAAUUCAUA